AUUUAUUUAUUUAUUUGGGGAAUGAGAGAAACACUUAUAUGGCCAUGUUCUCAUAGAACCUGCUAACGUUUCUCUCCAGUCAGCUUGCCACAUGGCCCACACGAUAGACACAUUAAUACACAUAUAGAGAUGUAUUCACAUACUGUGCAUAUUGUAUCUUAAUGUAUACAUACAUAUACAUAUCCUCCUCUACCUCUCCUAAAGCCCAGAGACGCAAGUCAUUGAUGGCAACCGUGUGUUUUACUGACGACUUCUUCAACGAACUACUCCGGCCGCUGCACGACAAUGGCCCGUUCUCCCUCAGCCUGCCACAGUUGAGCUUCCCGAAGUCUGCUGCCCUAAAAGCCCUCGGUCUCUCCUCGAGCACGCUGGAGGUGGAGCUAAGGAAACCCAUAGCGGUUAGCAUUCACGAGACUGGACUACAAAUUCUAAUCAACGCCAGAACCAGACCGCUCGGAAAACAACAAGGACUCAUUGUGAUGUGUGAGAUGUCGAUGAAGGUAGAUAUCAAAGAAAACCAUUUGGUUCUUCUUCAUGGGAAUGCCAAAUGUAAAAUUCAGGUUUCCACGUUCUGGGGAAAACUUAUUAGCGGCUAUGCCGGAAAGAAGUUGGGAGAACUCAUUGAAUCCAAACUGAAAGAAUUGGUCAACAAAAUGGUGAUUCCUAGAGAAGCCAUCGUUGUAGUCAAUGUUGAAACCACUAUUGUCUAUUAUGAGGUGAGUCAAACACCUCACAUACAAAAGUCAGGACUAGUGAGGUGUGUGUGCAUGUGGUUCGUGUGUCUGUGUGUCUGUGUGCAGGGCAGCCUAGUGGUCAGGGGAAAGCUGAGCCUGGUUCCUGAGGUGAUCCAGAAGACUCUGCGGCGCGCUAUCAGACGAAAGUACUAAUACAUUUGUAUUUCUUCUUUGUGUUGUUAUUGACUUUGUGCAAUUAAAGUGUUGAUGUUGAGAUGCAUUGGCACGGUAAAGAAGACAAUGGCAACAUACUCAUUCCACAACAUCGUUGACUUACCACGUUAAUGACCGAAUGAGAAAGUCACAUUGCUUUCUGCCUGGCUUCAACGGCACAAACAGUCUCUGUUAGGAAGGGGCCAGCCAGGCAGCCUACUCAGCCAGGUUAUUCUGCACCUCACACCUGAGACUCGUCAGCUCAUCACCCACCUGUUGCCUAUCUGCUCGUUUGGACUGGUACAAGUUGACUCACAGACCGUUCCUCAGUGCAUGUUCGUGCUGUCACCACGCCAGUGGACUCUGUUGCCAUCUCAUGCAGCUUCUUGUUCUUUGUGUGGAGAUUUCCUUGUGGACUUCUCGUGCUUCCCCCUGAGUGACUUUGCAAAGACUCUUCAAUAAACUACGCCAAGUGUUGGCUUGAACGA